UCGCUGGAGCGUGGACAGUUAGACACGGUCAGAGAGGCAGAUGGUGACGAUGAUCCUUUCAAUACGGCCUCCUUUGACGACCUGGGGCAUUCGUUGGUUUUCACCACGGCGCGUUCUCCUCAAGCAAUCUUUGAUACUGACCCUUGACGACAAGCUUGCCGAACCUCACUCCACUGACCUCGCAUCAUGCCGUCCAAGUCGGAAGAGAAAAAGGCCAAAGAGAAGCCGCUGUUCAAAUUUGGUCCAUUUGAACAGGCCAUUGCCGUGUUGUUGGUGAUGGGAUUUGCUAACAACCCUUCCUUGCCAUAUGCUAUCCUCUCACAAUCACACACCGUGUUCGGUGGAAUGCCUGACGGGACAAGUACCAUCCCCCUCUUCACCCCUCCGAUGAUCAUGUUGGUGAUCGUGGCAUACGUUGGCUACCACGUUCUCUCGCGGCAGGAGGCUCUGAGAACCCGGAACAAGGCUUUGGCUAAAGCAGCCUCAAAGUCGUCUUCUUCAUCCUCGUCAUCGUCGUCUUCUAAGAAGCCCCUCUCGUCAUCAGAUAUCAAGAGUAAAGGUCUGCCUUCGUCAAGUUCGCGAGUGGGUGACCCGGUGCCGAAACAUGUUUCGGGAGGAAGUGAACUCGAUCCCAAGAAGGAUCCAAGUAGUAACCUCUUUCAGCAAAAUUACUUUUUGACCAUGCAGGGUCCCGGUCGACCUGCCUUGGUCCCAUUUCAAGAUGGCUUGAGACCAAAAGCAGGGGAAGCACAAGGCACAUUGUGGUGGGAUAACGUUCCUGAUGAUGCCGAACAGCUCAUGGCGCCCCCGGUGGAUCCAGCCAACGUCAGAUCGUUGAUGAAGAAUCCUUAUGCUUUAGAUAUGAUUGAGAAGGAUCUAGAAUUGCUCAAAUUACAGCGUCAACGCAAGGAAGAGGAAGAGCGAUAUGAAAAGGUCGGAGGGAUCCUGCAGACCAUGCUGGGAGGCCUGCUUUGUGCGGUUGACAUGAGGCUUGGUGUCGCUGCCAUCGUGUUCUUCCUUUAUCGCCAUUUUACCCUGCUUCAAGCCACGGAGCACGAUGACCUCAAGGCUGCUCAAGAUGACGAGAAGAAGGAAUUGAUGAAGCGAAUCAGCGAGGCUAAGAAAGCAGGAGCCGACAAGAUGGAGCUGCAGAUGUUACAGAGGCAGGUAUCAAGACUAUAGCUGCCUCUGCCUUUUGCUUCUGAGGGCCAGCUGACCCAGUUUACCCUAUACCUGCUAUGCAUGUCAUUCCCACC